AUGUGGUCCUUAAGUGUGGUCGUGUGCUCUUUGUUGGUGAUCGCUGCAGCGACUAACGUGCGACAAUGUCCCGGACGAUCAGAUGAAGGUUUAAAGGACGUAGUGACGCUCGCACCGUGCAAAAAACUACCUUGUCGUCUAAAGAAAGCAAGUGACGCACACAUCACCAUUACAUUUACACCUGUGACUGAUAUAGAGAAUAUUGAAAACCACGUGGUAGCUGAUGUUUUUGGUGUGAAAUUUCCUUUCGUUGGAGUAGAUGGAACUUCAGUCUGCGACAAACUUGAAACUGAGAAUGGCGAGAAGACUUCAUGUCCUCUUAAAGCUGGCACCAAAUACACCUACAAGGACUCUUUUCCUAUUCUCAGUUUUUACCCUUCAAUAGAAGUAGACGUACAUUGGUCACUUAUGUAUAAAACAAAAGAUAUAAUCUGCUUUGAAGUACCUGUGAAAAUAGUC